UCCCAGAGGUGGAAGUGCGACCAGGAGGCCAAGACCCCCGCCGGCUCCUGGGGUGGCCUCUCCCCGCGCAAAGAGGAUGAAGACCUCAACAACGUGCUGGAUUUUAUCCUUUCCAUGGGCAGCGACGGCUACGCAGGCCCAGCCGGUGGGGACUAUCCCCCUGCCCAAGGGGAGAGCGGCAGCUUUUACCAGACAAACCCAUCCCCGGGAUGCUACAGUGCCCUGGAGCAGGGCAGCCCCCCACCCUACAAUGCCGGCAUCGUGCCGGAGAUGAUGCGCUCCGAGAUGGACUCUAACUAUUGCCCUCCCAGCAACGUCCACGGCCGGUUCUUCGUGACACCCAACUUCGGGGGCCCGCAGUUCGUUGAGACCAUUAAGCCCGAACCCGACAUGGACAAUUAUGGACCGGUCCUGGGGCUGGUGCCCCAGGCUUGCCCGAAGAUCAAGCAGGAAGGCAACGCAACCUGCAUGAUGGCCUAUGAGCAGCCCCGGGUGGCCAGUUCCCCCCAGAUCCCUGGGGCUGAGACGCCCCCGCUGAGCCCCGAUGAUCUCAUGGUGAAUGACUGCCACACGCAGAUGAUGUGCCCCUCGUCCGUGUCCUUCCAGCAAAGCUACCACCCAGCCUCGGGCUUCCACCACCCGCAGACCCAUCUCCAGUACCAGAACACCUCCCAGUUUGGCCUUUUCGAGGACAACCUGCCCUUACAACCCUCUGCUCCCAGAGGCAUGCUCACCCCUCCUUCCUCACCUCUGGAGCUGCUGGACUCCAAACCAAAAAGGGGACGCCGGUCCUGGCCGCGGAAGAGGACAGCCACUCACACGUGCACCUACGCGGGUUGUGGGAAGACCUACACCAAGAGCUCUCACCUGAAGGCCCACCUCAGGACGCACACAGGUGAGAAGCCCUACCACUGCAACUGGGAAGGCUGUGGCUGGAAGUUCGCCCGCUCCGAUGAACUCACCCGUCACUAUCGCAAGCACACGGGCCACCGGCCCUUCCAGUGCCACCUCUGCGACAGAGCCUUCUCCAGGUCGGACCACCUGGCUCUGCACAUGAAACGGCACAUGUAGCCCCCCAGACCCUGACCUGUGGACGUUAUUUAACUGCUCAGGUGCAGGAGCGUUAAUAGACUUGUAGCUGGUACUACGUAGGGAGGCACCGACGCUCCAGC